GCUUCCCCCGUCUAGCCUGACGACGUCGGCUGUUGGGGGCAAGUGCUGUUAGCGAGCGCAUGUUCGCGAGAACACGCGCGGCCAUGCGUGCUGCGGAAUGGCUCUCAGCUGCUCAUCAUCAUCAUCAUCCUCACCAUCGUCGUCGUCAUCUGCGCACGACGCCCACGAUACCGAAGCUGAUGAUGACGCUGCAGCUGAUGACGUUGCUGCUGAUGAUGUUGAUGAUCUCGGGCAACGAGGCCAAUGCCGCCACUGCGCGUGGCCCGGCAGCCGCGAUCGAGGGGGGCUUCUCGACGCGAGGGGGGCAACUGGGGUCCAUCCACGCAGUGGCCGCAGCCACCACCACCACCACAACCACCACCACCAGCAUCACCACCGCAGCAGCAACAACAACAACAACCACCGCGAUGAACCGGGCGCCGAGAGCCGGAGGAGCAUCCGACCCUCAUCAGGCGACGGCCGCGCCUCACGAGCCCCCCACGAAUGAAGACUCGAACGGAGCGGGGGGCUCGGGCACUCACCCCACCCAGGACCCCUCGUGCGGCGCCCACGGCAGUGGCGGACACGCGAGGCCCACGGGCUACCAGGUGGUGUCGUUCCAGUGGGAGCACGUCAAGGACCCCUACAUCAUCGCCGUGUGGAUCCUCGUGGCCAGCGUAGCCAAGAUCCUGUUCCACCUGAACCACAAGCUGUCCACCUUGAUCCCCGAGAGCGCCCUCCUCAUCGUGCUGGGCCUCGCCCUGGGGGGCGUCGUGUGGGGCGCCAGCCAGCACGCCGAGUUCACGCUCACGCCCACCGUCUUCUUCUUCUACCUGCUGCCUCCCAUCGUGCUGGACGCCGGCUACUUCAUGCCGGCGCGCCUCUUCUUCGACAACAUCGGCGCCAUCCUCAUGUACGCCGUGCUGGGCACCGUGUGGAACGCCGCCACCACGGGGCUCUCGCUCUACGGCAUCUUCCUCACCGGCGCCAUGGGCGACCUGCAAGCCGGCCUGCUCGACUUCCUCCUCUUCGGGAGUCUGAUCGCCGCUGUGGACCCCGUGGCGGUGAUCGCCGUGUUCGAGGAGGUGCACGUCAACGAGGUGCUCUUCAUCAUCGUGUUCGGAGAGUCGCUCCUCAACGACGCCGUCACCGUGGUGCUGUACAAAGUCUUCGACUCGUUCGUGGCCCUGGGAGGGGAGAACAUUGAAGGAGUCGACUACAUCAAGGGCAUCGCGUCGUUCUUCGUGGUGAGUCUGGGCGGCACGGCAGUCGGGGUGAUCUUCGCCUUCAUCAUCGCCUUCGUCACGAGGUUCACCAAGCACGUGAAGAUGAUCGAGCCGGGCUUCGUCUUCCUUCUCUCCUACCUCGCCUACCUCACCGCUGAGAUGUUCACCCUCUCCGCCAUCCUCGCGAUCACGUUCUGCGGCAUCUGCUGCCGCACCUACGUGGACGCGAACAUCAGCAGCAAGUCCCAGACGGUGAUCAAGUACACCAUGAAGAUGUUGGCGAGCGCCGCCGAGACCAUCAUCUUCAUCUUCCUCGGCAUCUCGGCCGUGGACACCGAGAAGUGGACCUGGAACACCGCCUUCAUCCUGCCCACGCUCAUCUUCGUGUCCGUCUACAGGAUAAUCGGCGUGGUCAUCCAGACGUGGAUCCUCAACUGGUUCCGCGUGGUGCCGCUGAGCCCCAUCGACCAGGCCGUGAUGUCCUACGGAGGCCUGCGCGGCGCCGUCGCCUUCGCGCUCGUCGCACUGCUCGACGAGGAGCUGGUGCCCGAGAAGCGCCUCUUUGUGAGCACCACCAUCAUCGUCGUCUUCUUCACCGUCAUCUUCCAGGGUCUCACCAUCAAGCCGCUAGUGAAUUGGCUCCGCGUGAAACGCAGCGAGCACCGGGAGCCCAAACUCAGCGAGGAGAUGCUCGACCGGGCGUUCGACCACAUCCUCUCUGCCGUAGAGGACAUCUCUGGCGAGUACGGCCACCACUACGUCAGACACAAAUGGGAGUACUUUGACUUCAAGUACCUGAACCCCAUCCUGAUGCGCAAGUCGGCACGGCGCAACCGCUGCCUGCUGUGGGACGUCUACCACAGCCUCAACGUGCAGGACGCCAUCAACUUCGUGAGCCAGGGGGAGCGCAGCGGCUCGCUGGCGUUCAUCCACUCGGCCAGCCCCGAGCACGUCACCUCCAGCAUCGACUUCGUGGGCCUGCGGCGCGCCUCCGAGGUGUCCAUCGCCAACAUGUACCGCAGGGAAAGUGCGGCCGGGUCUCUGGCGGUGACGCAGCUCGACCUGCACGCCAUGGAGCGCGGCGGGGCCAAGAGCGGCCGGCACCGCGAGGACGUCGUCACUCACCGCAUGCUGCGCAACAACCUCUACUCGCCACGCAGACACGUGCAGUCCCUGUACAGCCGGCAGGCGGCCGGCACCAGCAGCGUGCAGGAGCAGCAGCAGAAGGAGAUCUUCAAGCGCACGAUGCUCAAGCGCCUCGAGUCGUUCAGCCAGAGCAAGCAGGGACGCCGUGGGAACCGCUCGCACCGCGGGAGCAAGGUGAACGGUGAACUCAUUCCCAACGGGUUCUGCCCCCUGCCGCAGAAAUCUGUGAGCUGGGUGGAGAAAGACGCGUUGUCGCUGACCGAGUCGGAGGCCGACAGCCGCUCCCAGUGCAGCGAGGCCUCUGAGCUCUCCUCCAUGGAGCCGGGCGCCAUCACCUUCAUGGCGCGCUCGCCCAGCCAGCUCGUCUCUGACCUGCGCCAGGAGAUAGAGAUGGUGCUGUGGUUUGAAGAGAUGUGA